AUGUCCGUAUCAUCAGUAUCGUCGAGCUCACAAACGAGCGCCGUUUCCGAAGAAGAAUGGAGCAGCAUCGGCGCCGAGUUGCUCACAGUAAGUUUAUAGUUUGCUCACGAUGACGUCAUUCAAAAAGGCUUUGUGGCUGUCUCGCUUUCUGAUUCGUUCAUUUGGGGCAGAGCUUGAGCGAUGACUUGAAUUUCAAAUACUGAAAAGACUAUAUAAAAGUGGUUAUAGUGGUCACUUUAGUGUCCUCUCCGAGAAGCCCUUGAGGAGACUCUUAAGUGGUUUUUUAGGCUUCCAUGUACUUUAGUCUGCUCAGAUUUUCAAUUUUGAAAAAAAUGACGUCAUUCGAAAAGGCUCUGUGGCUGUCUCGCUCUCUGAUUGGUUAAUCACGUCAUUAGGGGCGGAGCUUGAGCGACGAGUUGGCAUUCAAAAUGUGAACGAGGUCAAUUAGAAUGACGUCGUUCGAAAACGCUCUGUGGCUGGCUCGCUCUCUGAUUGGUUAAUCACGUCAUUAGGGGCGGAGCUUGAGCGAUGGCUUGAAUUUCAAAUACUGAACAGACUAUACAGAAGUUUUCAUAGUGGCCGCUUAAGUGUCCUCUCCGAGAAGCCCUUGAGGAGACUCUUAAGUGGUUUUUUAGGCUUCCAUGUACUUUAGUCUGCUCAGAUUUUCAAUUUUGAAAGAAAUGACGUCAUUCGAAAAGGCUCUGUGAAUGGCUCGCUCUCUGAUUGGUUGAUCACGUCAUUAGGGGCGGAGCUUGAGCUAUAGCUUGAAUUUCAAAGAACGAACAGAUUGAACUCAUUUUUUUGAUUAAAAAAAAUAAUUUAGGGUUUCCAAAAAAAUUCAAAGAGAUAAAAUAAAUAUUUUUUUGCAGUUGGACUUGGAAAAAGUAUUACUUCCUGGCCUUCCAUUGGACUGUGUCGGCCUUUUUGCACUCAAAAAACCUGGUAUUUUGAUUUUUUAAAAUUAUUUUUAAAGCUUUAAAGAGUAACUAUAAAACCUGAUUUUUCAAUUUUCGAAACUUAAGAACCUGGAAAUUUAUUUUUUCCAACUUUUUUUGAAGGAAAAAAACAUUAUUUUCACUGAAAAAUGACCGACUUUUAGGAGAUUUUUGCGUAACCCGAUCGAACCGAGGGAUCUACUACCUCUCGGCGAUGGUUCCCGGCGACGAUCCGAAUAAAUUGGACCGUGUUGUUCAUCUCCAGAUCGAAAUUAGCAGGUAAGUUUCAAAAUUUAAUAAAAAAAAUAAUUUUUUCCUUAGGAACGAGUACGGCUUCCGUGGGAUGCUGUUCUGUCGCGGCAGUACUGUUGGGAAGCUUCUCUAUAAUUUUCAUAACAGCUCGGUAACUUUGAACAACUUUUUGAGGGGAUCUUGAAACUAACAAGCUCAAAAAAUCCAGCUUUCAUAAUAAUUUUUGAAAAAAACCGCGAAAAAUGAGAUCCGAACUGAAGAGUCUUGUCUUCGAAAAAUAUUAAAAACCGAAUUUCGAAAAAAAUAGCCAUUUUAAGGACACCAGAAUGGUCCGUAGAGGUGUUAGGGGACAAAAUAGUGAUCCCUAUAGGGGGUGUAAGCCCCUUAAGGGGUCCCCACAGUAGUCUUUUUCGUUUUUAACAUUGAUUUAAAGCUUGAAAGACCUGUAGAGACCCCUAGAGUGACCACUUUUCAAGUGACCUUUUAGGGAAGUGUCCCCUAAAGGGGGACCUCCAAGUGAUUCUUAAGUAGGUCCUCUAGGGACCCCUUCGGCUUUCACAACCUGAAUUUUAACUCAUAGAAAGAAAAAAUCUGAGAACUAAGUCAUCUGCAAGAUUUAGUGCCCCUUUAGGGUCUGAUAAAGUGGUCCCUAGAGGGGAACCUUGAAGUGACUCUUAAGUAGGCCCUCUAGGGACCGCUCUGACGUUCCCAACACGGUUGGACCCGUUUUUCCAGCUCUCUGUCCUUUCCGGAGUCCUCGACGAAGACGUAAUCUUCCGUCGCUUGGCCACCCGGGACUGGCUUCACAGCUCGGACAUCUACGAAAGCUCGCGCAUCAUUUCCCGGAAAGUUGUCCAUUCCGACUUGGAUUUUUCGGUAAAAUGAUGUCAUUAUUCCCCUAAAUGACGUCACUUUGCAGUACUACAGCGCCGAGAUGCUGCUAAAAAACGGGAAACAAGACGUUCUCCUUCUGACGCCGACUCAGAUGGGCGAGUGCGAGUUCAAGAAGCUCAUGUUUGAGGUAUCCUUGAGAUGACGUCAUUUUGGUGCUGAUCAACGUCUUCAGGAACUUCGGAUGGCCGUCGUCGUCCGACAUCGAGCCUUGCCGAUUCGAUCCCCUAUUGGGAUUGUUAUUGACACGCCGAUGAUCAUUCAUGAGUAAGUUUCAGUCGAGUCGUUUGUACGAAUCGGCUGUAAAGACAAGAGCUGGCUGGAUUUUAGCCGGGUCGCAGGUCAGUCAAAAUCUUGCGACUCGGCUAAAAAAGUUGAAAUGUCGAUUCUCAUCAUACUUGGCUCAUUGACAAGUUGGCCUAGGAGAAAGCGGUAGCCGAGUCGCUUAGCCGAGUCGUCUAGCCGAGUCGCUUAGCCGAGUCGUCUAGCCGAGUUGCUUAGCCGAGUCGCUUAGCCGAGUCGCUUAGCCGAGUCGCUUAGCCGAGUUGCUUAGCCGAGUCGCUUAACAGAGUCGCUUAGCCCAGUCGCUUAGCUGAGUCGCUUAGCCGAGUCGUCUAGCCGAGUCGCUUAGCCGAGUCGCCUAGCCAAGUCGUUUAGCCGUGUCAUUCAGCCGAGUCGAUCAGCCGCGUCGUUUAGCCGGGUCGCUUAGCCGGGUCGCCUAGCCAAGUCGCUUAACUGAGUCGCUUAUCCGAGUCGCUUAGCUCAGUCACCUAGCCGAGUUGCAGAAAUCCAAAACUGACAGCCGAGUCACAAUCUUAAGCGACCCGGCUAUAGUUUAGCCGCGUCGCACUGCCGAGUCGUUUUCACAACUGAAUCUGUUCAGAGAUCCGAAAGACCGCCGCGGCUACACCUUGGAGUACUUUCUGGACAUGUAUCAGCUUGACCUGGAUCUCCCGCUCCGUAUCGUGGUUAGUUUGACUGCGCACCAACUCUAAACAAGGGUUGGUGACGUCAUCCUGACAGAAAUUGAGAGUUUACAAUUUUUUAAAAAUACUUCUGGCCAACUUAAAUAUUAAUUUCCUUGGUGUAUACUUUAUAUUGUGAAAAGAAAAGCUCCGUAUCUCGUUUCAACGUUUGGCUGCGCAUCAACUAGAACCAAGGCUUAGUGACGUCAUCAUAUACGUCAUCGGACAUAUUUUUAACUCUCCAUAGGGUCAAUAGAAAUUUGAAAGUUUCCUUGUUUUAUAUUUUAUAUGACACAUGAAAAGCUCCGUAUCUCGUUUCGAUAUUUGGCUGCGCAUCAACUGCAACCAAGGCUUGGUGACGUCAUUUGACAGAUUUUUAAGCUUUCAUAGGUUCACUAAAAGUUGGACAUUCCUUCAUUUUUACUUCAUAGUGUGCAUUGACAAGCUCCGUAUCUCAUCUCUAUAUUUGGCUGCGCAUCAACUCUAUUUUUUUCAGCUUUGCGGCUCCAUUUGUCGAGUAAUGUCGGCUCUGCACAGUUUCGGAAUGUUCCACGGCGGAGUCCUGGCCAAAAACUUUUUUGUCACCGAAAAGAAGACGUCGGAUGGAAAAGUUCAACUCUCCGUCGUAUUUAACGGUUCUGAAGGCCUUGUCAGGAAAGGGUAGGACUUUUUUUUUUCUUGAAAAAUAUUUAUUAUGCUUUUAUCUUUACUGGAAACUAAGAAAGAACAGUAAAACUGAAAAAAAAAUUUUUUUUAGAAGCGCCAAACCUGUUCGUUUCCUGGACUAUGAUAUCUACGCGCCUGAGGUUUGAAGCUUUUCUGGGAAAAUUCUUAGUGGCCACUUUAGGGUUAUGAAGUUUCAAUGACGACUAUAGUAGUCGAAUUAGUGGCCCCUUAAGUGGCUAAAACUUAGUGAGGAGUCUGAAGAUUAUCAAACUACUAUAGUGGCCACUAAGACGCAAAUAGUGGCUUCUAUAGAGUUGGCGUUUAGUGGCCACUUAAGGGUCCUCUAAAAGUAGUCCUUGAGGGACCUCUUUAGUGGCCAGCAACGGUUUUCAAAGUUCCUCAAAAAUGGCCCAAAAAGACGAGUUUUGUGCGCUCCAUGGAGAAUUUGAAGAUUCUAUGCCUUUUUGAAAUUAAUUCCGCAAAAUUCUCUGACUCUUUUUAAAACACGAUCACUUUGACAGCUUUUUUGUAUUCCCUGAACAUACCUUUCUAUUGAAAUUGCGCAAAACAGCUCAUUAUUGCUCAUGUUAGCUGAUUAAAGGUCGCCUGGACGAGGAGCAUGACCCCAGAAUCUGGAGUCUUCAAUGUUGGUCGCCUCAUUGCGCGUAUCGUCGACCCCGAUCUUGCCGGUUUGGAUAUGACAAAAAUGAAAAACGUCCGCAUUUUAAAGAAAGCAAGCAUCCGGCCGUGACCAAGCUCAAGGGCCUUAUCGAAAAUACGUCCCGAUCUGAACCGAGUCGUCGCCCGACCAUGGACGGCGUCCUUCUGGCGGUCAAUCAGGUAAAUCGGAUAACAUGAGCAAUAAACUUUUCAGGGGAUCCCUCAACGUGCCGAAAAAAAUCUUACGAAAAAAACGAAGUAGUCGUUAAUUCUCAAAGGAUCACUGAUGAAAUUUGAAUCUCAACUUCUGUAAUAUGAGCAAUGCAUCGCAACAACUUUGCAAAAUGAGCGAUACGCUUCAAAAUGCGUCAAUUUUUGUAUCGAGCGGGUUUUGAAAGAAGCUCUAGGAUGAGCAAUCAACAGCAAUAAUAGGGUAUAGUGAGUGAUGACUAAUAUUCUGGCGUAGCUUGGCAAUCACUAAAUUUAAUUUCUAGGGUUUUCAAUAAUAAACCUAUAAGAUGAGCAAUAAAUGGCAAUAAUGAAACAUAAGACAAUUUUCGUUUAUUUUACUGGAAAUUAUCCUGACAAGUUCUCGUGUUGAUAAGUAUCUUGAUCUAUUGGACAGCUUCAUCACCCGAAAGGCCCCUAAUAUGAGCAAUAAACCGCAAUACUUUUCAAAAAUGAGCUUUUCCAGAUCCAAUAUCUAAAAAAAACCAUUUUCUUCUCAUUUUACUAUAAAUUUUCUUGAAAAGUCCUCAGAAUGAUAAGUAUCCUCAUAUUCGGAAUAAUUUUUUCACCAAAAAGCUUCCUAAGAUGAGCAAUUAACAGCAAUAUUUGUCAAAAAUGAGCCUUUUCAGAUCCAAAAUCUCAUCGGGCCCACCUCGACAAAGUACACGCUGGUUUUGCCGACAAAACCUGCAUGA